UAAGCAGAUUGCACAAAAAAAUGUAAACAUUAAAAACAUUUAAGUUGUCAGAAAUUUAAAGUAAAAAGUGUUAAACGGUGUUGAUUACUUAACAAUAAGUGUAAGACGUAAUUUAUUUAAAGCAUAGAUUUAAGAAUGUCUCAAAUCAUUCAGAAAAUUAAGGAGCUACAGAAAAAAACAAGCAAUAUAAGAAACGUGUGUAUUUUAGCGCAUGUAGAUCAUGGAAAGACAACACUUGCUGAUUAUUUGAUUGCUAGCAAUGGAAUCAUCUCGUCAAGGAAUGCAGGUCCUAUGAGAUAUUUGGAUAAUCGUCCAGAUGAACAAGAAAGAAAAAUUACAAUGAAGGCUUCAAAUAUAAGUCUGUAUUUUGAAUCAAGCGGAGAAGAAUAUAUAAUUAAUUUAAUUGAUUCUCCUGGACACGUCGAUUUUAGUAGCGAAACAUCUGCAGCUGUAAAACUGGCUGAUGGAGCAAUAAUUGUAGUUGAUGUUGUUGAAGGCGUUUGUGCCCAAACUAGAACAAUUUUACAGCAAGCAUAUAAUGAGAAGUUAAAGCCAAUUUUGUUCCUUAAUAAGAUCGAUCGCUUAAUUCAAGAAAGAAAUAUGAGUACAACGGAAGCUGAAGAGCAUUUAAGACGAGUUUUAGAGCAAGUUAAUGCAGUGAUUGGAAAUAUAUUUGCAUCUGAUGUUUUUUUGCAAGAAGACAUGUCAAAAGACAAUCAGGAAUCAGCUUUGGAAACUGCAGAUGAUUCAAUGAUUUAUUUUAAUCCAACAUCUGGAAAUGUAGUAUUUGGAUCAGCACAAGAUGGAUGGGGAUUUAGCUUAAAUGCCUUUUCAUCGAUGUUUGCAGAGAAAUUAAAUGUUCAAGCUGAUGUUCUCAACGAUGCAAUGUGGGGCGAUUUUUAUUAUAAUGCUAAGCACAAACGAUGCGAUUCGGGUGCAUACUCAAAAGGAAAGCCUACAAUUUUCGUUCAAAUAAUAUUAGAAAAUAUCUGGAAGUUGUAUAACAACAUAAUCCAGGAUGAUUUCGAUAAAAUAGGCAUUUAUUGUGAGAAGCUGAAACUCAAAUAUCGUCCACCUAAAAAAACGGUAGCAAAUCGCAAGACAAUCCUCAAAAAUGUUUUCACUGAAUGGCUCCCAUUAGAAAAAUCAAUUUUUGACAGAAUAAUUAAACACGUCACAAGUCCAGCAGAUAUGUAUCAAUCAAAAUUGAGUAAGCUUAUAACAAAAGAUAAGUUUGCCGCUAAUGUCGAGUUUUCAGAAGAUGAUUCUUCAAAAGUUAUUGCAUUUAUCGCAAAAAUGGUUCCAAUUUCCUAUCGAGAAUUAAUGGCUUGUGAUCGCGCAUUAAGAGAUAUUGAAGAUGAAUAUGAACCUGAUGAGCAAGUUUUAAUAGCAUUUUGUAGAAUUUAUUGUGGAGUUUUACGAGAAAAUUCAACUGUUCAUUUAGUAAAGCGAGAUUAUAAUCCAAAACUCAAAAAUAAAGAAGAAUUGGAGCCAGUAGACAUAAAACGAGUUUAUUUGAUGAUGGCUAGAAACUUUGAGCCAAUGCACGAAGCUCAUUCUGGAAUGAUUGUUGGAAUUUGGGGUCUUCAAAAAUUCGUUACAAAAACUGCAACAUUGUCAUCUUCGAAAUCUUGCCCGCCAUUUUCCGGUUUAGACAUACUAGCACCUCCAGUUCUUAGAGUUGCAGUUGAACCUACAAAUAUUGAUGACAUGCCUAAACUCAUUAAAGGUUUAAAACUUUUAAAUCAAGUAGACUCGUGUGUUCAAAUUAUGAUUCAAGAGACGGGAGAGCAUGUGCUAUGUGUUUUAGGUGAAGUUCAUUUAGAAAAAUGUAUCAGAGAUUUGACUGAAGAUUAUGCUAAAAUUCAAUUAAAUGUUUCAAAACCAAUUGUUCAAUUUCGAGAAACAAUUAUGGAAUCACUUCAAAAAUCUUCAGACGAUGAUAAAUCAGUUACAAUAAAUGCUCGAAAUAACACAUGCUUAAUCAAAAUCAUAGCAUCACCAUUACCACAAAAUGUUGUCAAGUUUAUGGAAUCUAAUAAGGAACAAUUGAAAAUUUUUGCUAGUACUAUGGAAGGUUCGUCUGGCAUUGAAGUCAAUAAAGAACUAUUAAAUGCGUUCUCGAAUGAACUUAAAAAUUCUGAUGUUACACAACAAUUUGAAUUAACAGACAUUUGGAGUAUUGGACCGAAGAAAUUAAGCACCUGUUUAUUAAUUAACAAAAGUAAAUAUAUUCAUCAUAACUUAUUGUCAUCAGAAACAAUUGAUGGACUUUAUGAUCGUGCGAUUAUUAAUGGAUUUCAGUCUGCAGUUCAAGCAGGUCCAUUAUGUUUGGAACCAAUGCAUGGAAUUUGUUUUAUAAUGCAAGAAUUUAUUAUCGACGAAAGUAUCGAUAAACGUGACAGUUCUAUUUCCGGAAUUAUAAUUACAUCGGUAAAGGAAGCUUGUCGAAUUGCUUUCCAAAAACAACCACAACGUCUAGUUGGUCCAAUGUAUAGCUUGAGUAUCAUAGCAAAUGCUGACGUUCUUGGAAAAUGUUAUGCAGAAAUAGCUAAACGAAAUGGUCGAAUACUCGUUUCAGAUAUGAUUGAAGGUAGCGGUAUGUGGAUGUUAGAGGCUGUCAUUCCAGUAAUUGAAUCUUUCGAUCUUGCAAAUGAAUUGCGUGUAAAAACAUCUGGACUUGCCAUGCCACAGUUAAGCUUCAGUAAUUGGGAGACAAUUGAGCAAGAUCCGUUUUGGAUUCCAACAACUGAAGAAGAACUUGAACAAUUUGGAGAUAAAGCUGAUUUUGAAAAUAAAGCUAAAUCGUAUAUGGAUUCAAUACGUGAGAGAAAAGGUCUUUAUGUUGACAAAAAACUUGUUGAAUUUGGUGAGAAGCAGAGAACGUUAUCAAAAAAUAAAUAAUAUUAAUAUUUGU